CCGGAAGUCGCCGCCAACAUGGCCGCGCCCAUAGGAGCGUGGUGGCGACUUUAAAGUUCUCCGCUAAUUUUUGUUAUUUUGUAUUUACCAGUUUAUCUACCUGGCGAAGCCCGUUGAAUUCAUCACCAGGCGGGAGCGGGAGGCUGCAAACAAUCGGCAGAGCGAUGAAUUCGCCGCUGGUCGCUUUGACGCAACCCGCGAGAAUCAUCGCGAGGCGACCGCUCGCCCCGCCGCGCCGCCCGCGGUCGUCGUCGUCGUCGUCGUCGGCGGCGGCGGCGGCCGAGAAAUCCGCCGCCUCCUUCUGGGCGCUGUGCCGCGAGCGCCACUUCGUGUACGCGGCGAACAUCGGCGCCGGCGGGCAGACUCCGGCCCACGGUGCGACGAAGCUGCCCCGGGGAGCGGAGGUGGCGGCCGACGACGAGGAGCAGGAUGAGGAGGGGUUGAGCUUCGGGCCCAUGGGGGUGGAGCUGCGGAGGAACGUGCGCGCCGCGUGGUGGGCCGAUGUGGUGACGGCCCGGCAGGACGUGGUCGGGGUGGAGACGCCGGCUCUGAGCCCGGCCACUCGCGAGCUGAGACGCUCUCUCGUCGACGGCAUGCUGGGAUGCUACCCACAAGCCCUUGCACUUUCCAACCGCAAACUGCCCUUUGGCCUUGCACAGGUGGGGGUCUGCAGGCCGCGGGGAGAGAGGGAGCACACGGAGAUGAGCCUGCUGUGGUUCUGCUCUGCUCGCACAGCGUCUCAGUGGAGCGAGUUCUGGCUCCGACAGAGACUCAGCUGGUGGAGAUCGCUGGCCGUGCAGCCGUCUCACUUCACAUCGACGGAGGGCGGAGUCGGGGAGGGGGGGGCCACGCGGGGGGGGCACGUGGUGCGCUACCGCGUGCCCUGGGAGCAGCGCGCCGUCGAGGACGUGCGCAGCCUGGGGCCCGUCAGCGGCGCAACGGCACCGAAGUCGUCGCCUCCGCACGCCGUGCUCGUGUCCAGCAGCCUCGACUCGGCCGCCCUCUCCCUCUUGUGGGAUGCCUGCUCGCCAGGGGUCAGGGGUCACGCAGGGGGCCGGCAGGUGAUGAGGCUGCACCCCCGCGUCGCGCCCGUCAAGGUGGCGGUCGACCUGGGACGAGGCCCCACGGCGGAGCUCCGCGAGCUGUGCGAGGGACUGUGUGCUGAGCUGGUCGCCGCUGGGGCCGUGGUUUGGCCCGGAUACAGAGACACCCAGCAGAGCAGCCUGGAGCAGCUCUAUAGCCGCUACGACGAGAUGGGGGUGCCACUGGUGGUGGUGGUGAGCGAGUCGACGCUGGAGUCGGGAUCCAUCCAGCUGCGGCACAGAGACACGAGCGUGCGCGAGACGGCGCACGUCAACACCGUCACCCAACUCGUCACCGCCCUCCUGCUGCUCCGUCACCCUCAUCAUCGGCGUCACGGCGGCACGGGCGCCCCCCCUCCCAGCCACGCGGCGAGCACGGAGGGCACACCACUCGCCAAGGACCUGUGACCUCCCAAGAGACAGUGUCAAGGUCAAGAGGUCAUCAUGGUGUCGCCGCCCACCGCCAUCACUGCCUUCUUCUGCCGACAUUUUUUAAUGAUCGACACCCAACCUCAAGAAUCGCUCUUACAGUCUCGUCAUCAUUAUCUCCAUCAUCACCGACAUCAUCACCGACAUCAUCCUCACAAUCGUCAUUAUCUCCAUCAUUACCGACAUGAUCACCAUCGUCAUCAUCCUCAGAAUUGUCAUUAUCUCCAUUAUCACCCACAUCAUCACCAUUGUCAUCCUCACCAUCAUUAUCCCCAUCAUCACCGACAUAAUCUCUGGGUCUGGGAAUCAAGGUCUUAAGGCCUCAGCUCUCGAAUGUUGGGUGCUUCUCAGGGUCUUGAAACUUAGCCGAGAUAAAAAAAAUAUAGGGUGGUAACUUUCGUGAUUCAUGUGAAGGAGCAGUGACAUCUACAUCUGCAGAACACGAAGAAGCAGUGGCAUCUACAUCUGCAGAACAUGAAGAACCAGUGGCAUCUACAUCUUCAGGAGAUUACGCAACCCUUGUAUACACGCCGUACAACGUGUUUGGAAUCGACAGGAGUAAAGUUGGACUUACGAACAAAUCGACUUACCAACACACAUCUGGAACUUAACUCGUUCAUAAGUGUAUAUAUAUAUGAGUCUUAAGAAGAAUUAAAAACUUUUUGUUUCUACAUAAAAUCUCGUCAAUGGUCCUCGUACUUAAUCUGG